UUUCGUCGAAGAGAGCUUGAGAGAGAGAGAGAUGAUCGAGAGAGACGCGUAACCGAUUUCUUCAUCCUCUCGUUUGGUGACACCUGUCACUAAGAGUCAGGCCUUUCAGCCCUUACGCAAGGGGCGAGUUUUGGGAUUCUGUCUUUUCUUAAUUUUUUUUUAAUUGGAUUUGGGGGAAGAAUUGGGCUAAGAGCCAGCUAUAAUGCUGCUGCUGUUAGAACUUUUAUCUUUUGUCGUGUUUGGACACUUUAUUUCCUUGUAAUUUGAUAAUGCUAUCAGGCUUGAUCCUUAUUCCACAUUCCACGCUUAUCGCAAAAUAUUUUGCCUUGGCUUUUUCUCUUUUGUCUUUUACAUGUGUAUAUUACAUUGGCAUAUUUGCCUUGGCUAUCGGACACAUACUCACAUUUCUGUUAUCAUAUAAAACUUCAACUUUACCUUUAUAUCUUCCGAAAAAAAACUACUCUCUCUUCAUCAAAUUCUAUUGAUUCCUAAUUUUCCUCAUCCCCUCUAUGGCCGUUUCACCUAAUUCAAGCUCUUUAGAAUUAACAAUAUCGAUUCAAAGCUUUUCUCCAUCUCCUUCUCACCCUUUGUCUGGUGAUCACAUGGUGAGAGAUUUAGGCAUAAAUCAAACUCCAAAGAAGGAAGAAGAUCGUGGGUGGAUCAUGAUCGGUACAACACCGCAUAUCAACGAAGAAGAUGAAAACUUAGGCGGCCGGCCGCGCAAAAAGCUCCGUCUAAUCAAGGAGCAAUCACAUAUUCUUGAAGAGAGUUUUAUACAAAACAAUACCUUAACCCCGAAACAAAAACAAGAAUUGGCCAUUCUUUUGAAGCUUAGUCAAAGGCAAGUUGAGGUGUGGUUUCAAAACCGAAGAGCUCGGAGUAAGCUCAAGCAUAGGGAGAUGGAAUGUGAGUAUCUGAAGAGAUGGUUCGAGUCAUUGAAGGAGCAAAAUCGACGGCUACAAAUAGAAGUUGAAGAACUACGAGCUCUAAAGCCAGUAUUGGCCUCGGUUUUAUCCAUGUGUCCUCUAUGUGAACGUGUGACCAAUGCAGCAGAUAAUGACUUAAAAAAAAAGCAGAUAAUGACUAAUGCCGUCGAAGAGGCAACAGCUCGGAGAAGUCAGUCACGGAUGGCGUUUUCUUCUUCCUCUUCCCUGUGUUGACUGGCUCGGUCAAAAGUAAAAGUCAAAAGGAUUGAAACGUCGGUUUAGGGGUGAAAGUAAAGAUUUUAUGAUUGGGAGGAUUUUGUGCAUAUUUCUCUAAUUAUUUAUUAUGGAAGAAUAAUUUGUUUAAUCAUCGUUUUUUUAACUUUUAACAUGUUAUUGACAGAGCCAAGUUCUAAACAUAGUCAAACGAAACAUUACUUUUGAGCUUGCAAAAUUUUAAGCAUUAAAUCUAUAUAGACAUAGAUCUCAAAUGUGGUUAAAACAUUUUUAAUUAAAUUGUUUAUAAGUUUGUAACUUUCAAAAUUGUCCCAGAUACUGAUAGAUAUACAUGGGUUGAUUGGGUAGGGGUAGAUUGUUUAAAACAUCAAUAAGCCUCAUUGUUAUUUGACUUUCGUUCCACAAGACUCAAAUAAGGCUGCUAUCUAUUCCUCGACGUAGAUAGGUUUUAAGAUUUUUAAAUUUGAAUUCCGUUGGAGAUAUUCACCUAAUUCACCUGAUGUCUCACUUAUAAUAUUUGUUUUUAUUUCUUUCUUGUUUACUAAAUUUUUUAUUUAUUUACUUCCUGUGGUAUUGGUCAAUGUUAAAAAUAAUUCAUUUUGACACUGGCCGUUUGUGCGAAGUUUAUCUAAACCGAAUCACACUCGAAAAGGUAUGCUGCGGCCACCACAUUUGACUAUUUGAGUCAAGCUCCAGUUCUAAUCCAUGUUCGAAAACUCGCUAGUCGCUACCGUGCGGCACACUCGGGCCUAGCGAGUUAACAUAAACUCGGAGAUUAAUCACAGAUUAAUCGGGGAUUAAUUUUUCAUCAUUUUAUGUUUAUAUGCGUAUAUAAACUUGUAUUUGCACUAGGUUAAUCAGAAAUGCUCCAGCUCAGAUGGUGAAAGUGUGGUUUUCUAGCGACAAUACCCGGAUUCAACUCCCCGUUUUGUCUUUUUGGGCCUAGUUUUAAUUUUUCUUUUAACGAAGGGCAAAACGGUAAUUCGCCGUGUCAUCCCUUACCUUUUGCCCUGCGAACGUAACCUGCAACAACCGCCUGCCUCCAUUUUUGUGUUCAAUUUUCUCAUUAUUUUCAUCAUUUGUUUGCACAAUUCCAUUUAAUAUCCAUAGAUCUAACUUAAACGCACUGAUUUUUAACAGAAAUCAAAACUAAAACGAGAUUUUUUCAAAGACCCGAUUUUAUGGCCGAUUAUGGUCGAUUCACUACGGUGGUUGGCCGCACAGCGUGUACUCGCCGGUUAAUCGGCCGAGUUAGCCGAGUUUUUGAACAUGGGUUCUAAUAGUAUAUUACAUUUUACUAUUGAUCUCUAAUUUAUAAGUUACCCUGUUCUGGAACGCGGUAGGCGCUAGUCGGGCGGUCGGGUUGGGCCUAGCGCCUAAAGAAAAAAUCGGGGAUUAAUCGGAAAUUAUGCGGGGCGGAAUUUUUAGAUGGUUUACUAUGUUAUAAAACAUGUUAAUCUUUAAUUGUGUAUAACAUUAAUACAUUUUCAUGUUUAUGAUUGUAUAAAACACACAAAUCGAAUAUAUAAAUUUAAUAUA